AGUUGGCAAGGCAGCAGGUGGACUUUUAAGUUCAUUCCGCCAGGUGCUCCACACUUCGGAGGCCUCUGGGAGAGAGAAGUCAGAUCGGUCAAGCAUGCAAUCAUGUGCUACUUAAAGGAUAGGGUCGGGACAGAAGUCUUGCUGCAGACAGUGCUUUGUGUGGUAGAAGGUUUGAUGAAUUCAAAACCUUUAGGUUACGCGUGGUCAAAUGUCGCUGACGUUGAUCCGAUAACACCGAACAUGUUGCUGAUGGGUAGACGGGACUCAGCAUUACCCCCCGUAGCGUUCAGUCAGGGAGAGGAACUUGGCAGUAGGAAGCAAUGGAGACAUGUGCAGUUGAUCGUAGAUUCAUUUUGGAAGAAGUUCGUGUCAGAAUAUUUGCCUAGCCAGCAAAUCAGAAGGAAGUGGACUAAGGAAACAGAGAACCUGAGAAAGGGUGACCAGGUGUUAGUGAUUGAUAAUCAUGCACAACGAGGUGAAUGGUCGGUCGGUGAGAUAGUCGAUGCUCAUCCAGGUGUGAUCCUUAGGGACUCACAUGGCUUUGCGCAAGUGAGAUGGGUCACCGGAAACAAGAUUCUACGAGUUCUCAAGACGAAGGGUCUUUCGCACAACAUCCCCGAUGACCUUUACCACAUGAUCAAGAGGGGUGUGGCCGCGAGGAAGCAUCUGGAAAGGAACAGAAAGGACAGGGAUGCAAAGUUCCGUCUGAUUCUUGAGAGCCGUAUCCACCGCCUCGCAAGAUACUACAAGAGAAAGCGGGUUCUUCCCCCAAACUGGAAGUAUGAAUCCGACACAGCCUCCGCCAUGGUCGCAUAAAUGAAGCACAUGCAAAUACGGUCAGCAAGGGGAUUGAUUCUAUAUCUGUAUGAGGAGUGAUGUACAUUAAUAAAUGACAUGGAGAGAAUCC